AUGCGUCGCCACCUCCCUACCUCCGAGCGUGCGCACUUUAGUCAGUACAAGAGUGCUCAGACCUUGUACGACGCUGUAGUUGCACGCUACUCCUCCCCUGCCACUGCUGCACUGAGCCGUCUCAUGCUACCGUACCUCUUCCCUGACCUUGCUGCCUUUCCCACAGUCGCUGACCUCAUUACGCACCUCCGCACUAGUGACACUCGCUACCGCGCUGCGCUUCCUGCUGACUUCUACGCUAAGACCCCCCCCCCCAUGUACAUCACUCUCUACUACAUAGUCACUCGCCUCCCUGACUCCCUUCGCGUAGUCAGGGACCACUUCCUUUCAGUCUGUCCCACCACACUCACUGUUGACCUCCUCGAGAAGUCCCUCCUAGCAACGGAGAAGAGCAUAGUCGCUGUAGGGGCCUCUCGUGGUGACCCGCGCACCCCCAUCUUUGAGGGGUGUUCCCCCUCCCCCCUUCUGCCCUCUGUUGCCUCUGCUGCUGCGGCCGACCUCCUUGGUCUUGAGUCGGUCGGUGCGGCGUCUACCCCUAGUGGGAGACGCCGCUCUGGCAAGGGCAAGGGGGGCAGGGGCGCUGGAGGAGCGAGCGGGGGCGGUGGAGGUGGAGGUGGAGGCGGCGGGGGGAGUGGGGGUGGCGGUGGGAGUGGAGGUGGGAGUGGAGGUGUCGGUGGCAGCAGUGGAGGCGGAGGCGGCGGCGGCGGUGGCAGUGGGAGUGGAGGUGGCGGAGGUGGCGGCGGUGGAGGAGGCGGCGAAGGAGGCGGUACUAGCGGAGGCGGCGGAGGCGGCGGAGGCGGCGGGGGUGGCGGUGGAGCUGGUCGCGGGUCUACGCAGAGGGGUGGCUCCGGUGGUGGUUCACGCCAGCAGCAGCAGCGCGGUCGUGAGACCCUGUCCCCUCAGCAGCUCCGUGAGUGGUACACUUCACGCCAGCGGGGUGGGGGUUUUGGUCCGUGCACCUACGUCCUGCGCACCGGCGACCGUGCGGGUGAGCAGUGUGGGGGUGCGCACCCCACCCAGCGCUGCUUUGGCCGCGUGAUGGACGCGUGGCGUCACCAGUUCCCGGAGGCCUUAAAGAUCCCUCGCUCGCGCGAGCUGUCUAGGGCGGGUGUUGCCAUCUAUGAUCUUGACUUUGAUGCUAUUCUUUCUGCCAUGUAUGUUGUGUCUAUUAGUGAUGAGGGUGAGUGUUACCAGUGUUUCCCGCCCGAUCCGGGCAUUGAGACUGCUGCUCUAGGUACUGGUGAGGCGGCUGCCCUAGGUGCUUGCGACGCUGCUGCUCUAGGUGCUAGUGCGUCUGCGUCCUCAGGUACUAGUGAGUCUGCGCUGUCAGGUACUACGUCGGCUUCGGCCUCCCUCACCUUCACCCUUGACUCUGGGGCGUCUCGCUUCUUCUUUCGGGACCGCACCACUCUCACGCCGCUUAGUCGGCCUGUUGCGGUGUCCCUGGCUGACCCCUCUGGGGGUCCUGUCCUGUCUUGUUUUUCCACAGUCCUCCCGUGUCCGGCGGCUCCCUCUGGCACCCUGACUGGUCUUUACCUCCCCUCGUUCUCUACGAGCCUGGUGAGUGGUGCUGACCUACAGGAUGGGGGAGUGCACCAGUUCACUCCUGCGCGUCAGCGGGUGACGCACUGCACAGAGGCUAGCACAGGCCGACACCUAGCUACGUUUACCCGUCAGCCGGGAUCGAGCCUGUACACACUGACCUCCGCGUCUCCUCCAGUUGUUGAGUCUGGUAGGGUAGCUGCGUCGGGUCAGGUGUUUGCUGCAGCGUCCAGGGCCCUGGCCCUUCCUGUGUCCCCUGUGUCGAGGGGCGCCAGCGUGCUGCCCCUCACUCCUCCCAGUUUUCCUCCGACAGAGGCCCCGUUGCAGACGCUUCACAUGGACGUGUGGGGCCCAGCCCGCGUCCGUGGACAGGGUCACGAGCGCUACUUCCUGCUCGUUGUUGACGACUACUCUCGUUACACCGCAGUCUUCCCCUUGCACAGCAAGGGUGAUGUCACUGAGACAGAGGCAGAGAGUUUUCUGAGAGCCUACUGUCGCGCACGAGGAAUCCGUCAGACCUUCACGCUUCCGGACUCCCCGCAGCAAAAUGGGAUUGCUGAGCGCCGCAUUGGCAUGGUCAUGGACCUCGCUCGUACGUCUGUGAUGCAUGCGGCUGCUCCCCGUUUUCUGUGGCCGUUUGCGGUGAGGUACGCGGCGCAACAGAUCAACCUACACCCUAGGGUCUCCAGGCCGGAGACCUCCCCAGCCUUGCUGUGGACGGGGAAGGUUGGCGAUGCGUCGGCGUUCCGGGUCUGGGGAUCUCGAGCGUUUGUCCGCGACUUGUAUGCAGACAAGCUGUCCCCUCGUGCUGCUCCUUGCGUCUUCCUGGGGUUCCCCCCUGACGCGCCUGGGUGGCAGUUCUACCACCCCACCUCUCGCCGUGUUCUGUCCUCCCAGGACGUCACGUUUGACGAGUUGGUCCCCAACUACCGCCUCUUCCCCUACCGCACUCCGUCCCUCCCCCCGCCGCCGCUCUUCCUUGUACCAGGUCCCCCUCCGGUAGACCCCCUCCCCCCUCAGGGUCCGUCCCCUUCAGGUGUGUCCCAGGUAGACGCAGUCGAGCCUGUCGAGGUCACUGGUGACUCUGGUGCUGCUGGGGGUGCUGAGCCUGGGGGUGCUGACUCUGGGGGUGCUGAGCCUGGGGGUGCUGAGCCUGGGGGUAAUGAGACUUGGGGUGCUGAGCCUGGGGGUGCUGAGCCUGUAGGUGCUGCGCCUGGGGGUGCUGAGCCUGGGGGUGCUGAGCUUUGGGGUGCUGAGCCUGGGUGUGCUGAGCCUGGGGGUGCUGAGCUUGGAGGUGCUCCGCCUGGAGGUUCUCCGGGUGCUUCGUCUCUGCGGGAGCCACUCUCUCCACAGGAGUUGCGCGAGUGGUUUGCCCGGCGCUGGAGGCGUGCUGCUGGUGCUGGAGGUUCUUUGUCUACUGAGGGUGCUACUGUCGCGGGUCCCGGACGUGAUCGUACUGGGAGUAUUGGAGCUGCUGGGCCUGCGGGUUGGACUGGAGCUGGUGCUGCUGAGGGUGUUGGAGCUGAGACUACUGCUGGCGGUCCUGCUGCAGAUACUCCUGGUGCUGCUGGAGGUUCUGGCGCUGCUGGAGGUGCAGCUGGAGCGGGUGCUCCUGCUGGGGGUACUGGUGCUGUACCUACAUUCCCGUCACAGUUACAGUUGCAGCCUACCUCCCCUUUGCCUGCUCCUUCUCCUUACACUGGUCCUACUGGAGGUCUUACUGAGUCUCGUGAGCCUGCGUCUCGCCCUGCGUCGCCUUUCCGUGCUGCUCGCACUAGUGGUCGUGGUUCGCGUCAGCGUCCUCCUCCUGUCCCUGGCACGCACAGGAUGUCUGUGCGUCCGUCCACUGCUCCUCUGCGUGCCCCUUUGCCUUCUCCUCCUGAGUCCUCUCUUCCUGCAUUUGCCAACCCGGAGUCGGACUCUCUUCGUGCUGCCAGUCCUACUGUCACGCGUCUCCUGGCUACUGUCGUCACUGACCCUUCUUUCGAGUCCACUGCUGCGUCUUCCCUAGUUGCUGAGCUCGUCGACUUUGCUGCUCGCUGUGGCCUAGACUACGCUGCUAGUCUUAUCGCUGAGUCUGAGUAUGUCUAUCCUCUGUCUGUCGGGGGUGAGUGUGCCCUUGGCACGGACGUCCUUGAGGGUAGGCAGGAGGAGUUCCAGUGUCUGGCAGCUGCUUCACCUCAUCUCGUGUCUGUACUACUUACCCCUGAGGGAGACCCGGAUGCACUUGACAUCCCGACUCCGCGCUCUUACGCGGAGGCGAUAGAGGGUCCCUACUCCUCUCAGUGGCAGGCAGCUAUGGACACAAAGAUGGCUUCCUGGAAGUCCACAGGCACCUACGUUGAUGCUGUCCCCCCUCCUGGGGCGAACAUCGUCAGUGGCAUGUGGAUCUUCAGGGUGAAGCGGCCGCCGGGUUCUCCGCCUGUCUUCAAGGUGAGUUACGUGGCUCGUGGCUUCAGUCAGCGGCAGGGAGAUGACUACUUUCAGACCUUCUCUCCCACCCCAAAGAUGACCACUCUUCGGGUAAUGCUGCACGUUGCUGCUUACCGUGACUACGAGCUGUACUCUCUCGACUUCAGCACAGCUUUCUUGCAGGGCAGCCUCCACGAGGAGAUCUGGCUGCGCCGCCCACCUGGCUUCACUGGGUCUUUCCCUCCUGGUACCCAGUGGAGUCUCCGGCGUCCAGUCUACGGUCUCCGCCAGGCGCCACGUGAGUGGCACGACAGACUGAGGACUACGCUUGCGGCUCUUGGGUUUGCUCCUUCAACUACUGACCCGUCGCUGUUUCUGCGCACCGACACCUCUCUGCCACCGUUCUACAUCCUCGUGUACGUCGACGACUUGGUCUUUGCCACAGCUGACACUGCUGGACUCGCCUACUCACACAUGGUGCAGCAGGUCCUUCAGCGCUUCGGCUUCACGUACUCCUCGCCUCAGGCCACUCCUCUGCCUACUCGCCACUCGCUCUCAGCUCUGCCUUUGGAUGAGUCCGUAGAGUCGAGUGGCCCGUAUCCAGAGCUUGUUGGCUGCCUCAUGUACCUGAUGACCUGCACACGACCUGACCUUGCAUACCCUCUUAGCAUUCUCGCACGCUAUGUUGCUCCUAGGAGACACAGACCAGAGCACAUGGCUGCAGCGAAGAGGGUGUUGCGCUACUUGUGCAGUACGUCGGGCAUGGGGCUAGUGCUUGGAGGGCGGAGUCCAGUGGUCCUCACUGGGCACGCGGACGCUUCUUGGGCUGACGACCAGGCUACGCACCGGUCGUCACAGGGUUACACCUUCAGCCUUGGUUCCGGCUCUAUUUCGUGGCGGGCUACUCGCUCGUCUUCUGUUCUCGGCUCCACUUGUGAGGCUGAGAUCUACGCCGGGGCCAUGGCUGCACAGGAGCUUCGCUGGCUCACCUACCUGCUGACCGACCUUGGAGAGUCGCCUCGUUCUCCUCUAGUCCUUUACGUAGACAACAAGGCCAUGCUGGCCUUUUGUCGAGAGCAGAGACUGGAGCACAGAACAAAGCACAUUGCUCUUCGCUACUUCCUUGCUCGUGAGCUACAGCAGCGUGGUCAGUUGCCGCUUGCGUACGUGGCCUCUUAG